CUCUAACGCCGUAUUGUUUAUAUAGUUACUAAAGCCGAACGAGAAUGCAAUGUGGCGAUAUCAGUUGCUGAUAAGCACUGGAUCAACCCCGCGACUUACGACCUCCAAACGAUGAUGACUGCGACCAAGAAACGCCUGAAGAUUGUGGCGGCCGCCUCGCUGGUACUCCUGCUCCUGGUCUACCUGUACCGCGCAGUCAGUGUUUCAAUGGGCAGAAUAUCCUCCAUUUCCAUUACCGCUGGCGAGGAGCUCCAGGCCCGCUGGCCGCCCACGGAGAGUCCGUUGCAGAGGAGCCUCCAGAUGGCCUACGAAGAGCAGAGUUCCCUGAUCCGGGAGCAGAAGGCCGAGCUGCAGCGCACCAGGGAGCACCUGACCCAGUUGGAAGAGCAGAUUCGUAGCCUGCAGAGCAGUACUCCCCGCAAGUACCAGAAGGUCAAGUACCUCAAUUACAAGAACCGCAAGCGCAUCCUGAUCACCGGCGGAGCUGGUUUCGUGGGCUCCCACCUGGUCGACGAUCUGAUGGUCCAGGGUCACGAGGUUAUUGUGGUGGACAACUUUUUCACGGGACGGAAGCGCAACGUGGAGCAUUGGCUGGGCCACGAGAACUUCGAGCUCAUCCACCACGACAUCGUGAAUCCGCUGUUCAUCGAGAUCGAUGAGAUCUACCACCUGGCAUCGCCGGCCUCGCCACCGCACUACAUGUACAAUCCGGUGAAGACCAUCAAGACCAACACCAUGGGCACCAUCAAUGUGCUGGGCCUGGCCAAGCGCGUGAUGGCCAAAGUUCUGAUAGCCAGCACUUCGGAGGUCUACGGCGAUCCCACGGUGCAUCCUCAGCCGGAAACCUACUGGGGCCAUGUGAAUCCCAUCGGACCAAGAGCCUGCUAUGACGAGGGAAAGCGUGUCUCCGAGACCCUAAGCUAUGCGUAUGCCAAACAGGAAAAGGUGCAAGUGCGCGUGGCGCGGAUCUUCAACACUUAUGGACCCAGGAUGCACAUGAACGAUGGACGCGUUGUGUCCAACUUUAUACUGCAGGCGCUGAGGAAUGAAACCAUCACGGUGUAUGGAAACGGCAAGCAAACCCGUUCAUUUCAGUAUGUAUCGGAUCUAGUGGACGGAAUGAUAGCCCUGAUGGGAUCCAACUAUACGCAGCCGGUGAAUUUGGGCAAUCCCGUGGAGCAGACGAUCGGCGAAUUUGCCGAGAUCAUCAAGCAACUGGUGGGCGGGCCAAGUGUGAUAAAGCAAACGAAAGCCGUGGAGGAUGAUCCGCAGCGCAGGAAACCGGACAUCACUCGGGCCCGGCAGUAUCUACAUUGGGAGCCCAAGGUUCCCCUUGAGACUGGACUGCAGCGGACCAUUUCCUACUUCCGCAACGAACUGGCGCGAAGCGACCGCUUCCAGGAGAGCUCCAACAAGUACUUCGACACACCGUAAUACAACACCGUAGCAUUAAUUGGGUCUAGCUUUAGUUGGUGAUGAUGCAACGUCUCUAGUCUGCAACUGUAAAUAUGACCAUCGAUAGUACUAAUUGUAAGCCUGUAGGAUCACGCGAUAUUUUUUACAUCAUGAGAAUGGUUCCGUGUGUAAAGUUUUUGGAUAUAUAUAACCAAUAGACAUAGUGUUAGUGGUAAGGAAUCGGGAGCCACUAACGUACAAAUGCGGUCAAAUUUGUAGCUCUAAAAAUUGGGGAAUAUAAUUUUAUAAAGUAUUUGGAUAUAUAACAAAUUCACAUUUAUUAAAAUCACAUGCAAAACCACUAAUAUAACAUAAUUAUUUUUGAAAAGCUAAAAGAACGGGACAUAAAUCCCAAACGAAACAGUGAAUUAAAGAAUAUCGUUUAGACUAUGUUGUAUUUAAAGUGCUAUUUCAUUUGACCGCAAGUGUACCGCAUAAACAAACAAAAUCACUGGGAUACAUGAAACUGACAAACAGUAUAUAAUCCAUUGUAAUAUUUCUACUAUUGUACAUUAGAAGAGCCUAAAAGUUUCCAAAUUUCAUCAGAGGGUUAUGAAUCGCAUAUCAAGACCAGUGAGAAUUAAUUUGAACUAAUUAUUGGAGAACUGUGACUCAUUUACAAUGGUGGACGAACAACACCUCUGCGCCUUAAUCCAGCGUCACCACGCCGCGAUUCUAGGCUUAAGUAGGGUUUUGAGUUGCUGUAGUUUGUAGGUCAUUAAAAAAGAGUUUUUUCUCUGCGAACUUAUCUUA